UUACCCCAUAAAAGCAAAACUCUUCAGUAAAUGCAGAAAAUACGAACUCACAAUCGGUGCCCUUCUUAUUGAAAGAAUGAGUCGAUUCUCCAAGCAGGAAGGAAGGAAGAACCCUAAGCGGAUCAUGAUCUUCUAGCUAUUCUUCAAUUAUUUUCUUUAUUUCUUCUCUAACUGGAGGAACGACACUUGGGAUUUGAUGAAAGGUGCUUCUAGCAGCCUACGUGCAGCAUUUUCCCACUGUGUACAGCAAGUGCGAAGUUAUGAUUACCAUCACUAUCUCUGCCUACUUGAACUCCCUCCUAACAUGCGAAAGGCUGCAUUUGCCCUCCGUGCCUUUAAUGUUGAAACAGCCAAAGCUAUGGAUGUUGCUUCAGAUCCCAGGAUUGGUCUUAUGCGACUCCUCUGGUGGCAAGAAACUAUAGAUAAGAUUUAUGCUAACAAGUUAAUUGAGCACCCAACUGCACAGGCCCUCUCAUCAGUGAUAUUAGAGAAUAAAAUUACUAAGGGAUGGUUGAAACGGUCAGUCGAAGCACGCAUCAAUGAUGCAAGGAGAGAAGUUACUGACAUCCCAGAAACCUUAGAAGAGUUGGAAAAAUAUGCUGAGGACACUGUGUCAACCAUUCUGUACAUGACACUUCAAGCUGGUGGUAUUAGGUCCACUGCGGCUGAUCAUGUGGCAUCCCACGUUGGUAAGGCAAGCGGGCUUCUAUUGCUACUUAGGUCACUCCCAUAUCAUGCUAGUCGCAACCGUCACUUCUCUUAUAUACCAACUGAAGUGGCAGCCAAACACGGGUUAUUAGUUAAGGAGGGAGGUCAAUCAGAAAUUCGAUUGGAUUCACGCGAGGGCUUAUGUGAUGCUGUCUUUGAGAUGGCAUCAGUCGCUAAUGUUCAUUUGCAGAAGGCUCGUGCAUUGGCUGGAACAAUACCUGCUGAAGCUCAGCCGGUGCUUCUACCAGCUAUUCCAGCCCAAGUUCUCAUAGACUCCUUGAGUAAAGUGCAGUUUGAUGUGUUUGAUCCAAGGUUGGAACGAGGAGUUCUUGGCAUUCCUCCUCUGUGGUAUCAACUGAAAUUGAAGUGGUAUUCAUGGAAGGGCAAAUACUGAUAAUUUAUUUUUAUUUUUGUACUUCUAGUUCCUUUACAAUAAAGGGAUUGUCUUUUACAUGAAAAAUGGUGCUUUCCCCUAUAGUACAAAAGCUUUGGCUAAACA